AUGAUGCUAGUACAUCUUGGACAAGCUGCCAUUUGGCGAUCAUUUCCUGCCUCGUCAUAUCCUCUUGCUCAUCAAAGACUUUUUACUCUUCAAUCAGGAAAAAGAUCCAACGUAUUUCUAAGAUCAAAAGAUGGGACACCAAUUGGUCCGCUAUCUCAAUUCAUGUCAGCUGUUUCACUUUUUCCUGGAAUCAAAUUAAUGGCGUCAUCUAUUGGUACUAUUGGUCAUCAGCACAUUGAAGGCAUUUCGGACUUUGAAACAAAUACAUUCGUUCAACUCGUUUUUGCAUUAACAGUUCAAGAUGUUUCAUCUUAUUCCGUUACAUUUGCAUCGAGUUUUCUUCAUACAGUAAAAGUAAUUGAAAAUCAUUUUGAAGAAAUGUACGGAUUUAAAAGAAUAGAUAAAGAUAUCAAUCGAAAUACAACAGUUAUACACAAUCAAUCUACGUCAACAUAUAGUGAUACACCAAGACCUUGGAACAAUGCACAACAAGUUGAACUUCUCGAACAUAAUGGAAUAUUAUAUGCGCCGAUUGAACAAGAAAACUAUCUCGGUCACAAGAAAGUUUACAAACAUCCUUACAACGAAGUACCAACUUCAUCAACGAUGAAUCAUCAUCAAUUGGAUCACAGAAGAUUUAACAAAUCAGAUAACAAUACAAAUUCCGGAUAUGAUAGUUCAUUAACAACUCCUGAUAGCUGUUGCCAUCUACAGAAAAAAUCAAUCUCAACACCGAAACAUAUACGAGAUCAGCUGAACAAAUCUAACGAAAAAAGAAAAAAGAUUCGACAUGAGGAAGUAAUUCAUCAACAACAACCAACGAAAUAUCAACCGAGUUCGAAUAUACCAUAUCAAGGAAAAAGUUUAAUAAAUAAAACUACAACAGGUCAAACAAAUACAAUAACAGCACAUACCAACAGCAUCAAACCUUACUCAUUACCAUUAGACCAACUCAAGAGAGCGCAAGCGGUUAGUGACGGUACAAUUAAUCGUGGAACAAUUCAACUUCAUCGUCUUCAUCAAUCUAAACCAAUAACUGUACCCGUAGCACAUAGUGCAAGUGAAUAUCCAACAUUAACAAGCAACAACAACAACAACUUUCAACCUUUACAGAAUAACAACAAAAUAUGGCCAUGUAAUAGCUUACAGACAACAUCUAACACCAGCACCGAUCUUACCUAUAGCAUCACAUCAAUGAUGGAAAAAAUAAAACAAGAACUAAAACAUGAAAUGUGGGCAAUGAAAGAUACCAUCCUCAAUAAAUUACAAGACAGAUUUGAUGCGAGUUCAAGUAACAUUCAACUUCAUCAAGCCAGUUUAAAUACAAUCAAUUCAACAAUAACAAGUGUAUUAAACAAUGUACUUCUUCCAAUGGUCAACAUUAUCUCAGAUCAACACCAACAAGCAAAAGAAGAAAUCAUAACCGCCUUACGCUAUAUAGAAAAAACGUUUCAUACUCAAGCUGAACAUUUACGUGCUAACUUUAACAUCGACAGCAACACAGAUAGAUCAAUCACCACAAAUUUAUCAACAUCAACAAUAAAUGAUAAUCAACAAUCACCAGCAAAUGAUACUCCAACUUUAAUGGAAGAUUCUGAUAGCCCUCUAGAGAAAAAUCAAAAUUGA